CCAGCUGUAGAUGUUCUUCUGAAAGUUUUUGAGCAUGUGGCUUCUCUGAAUAUAAAAGACGCUGUGCCGACAUUAAUCAGUACCUUUUGUAAGCUCAUUGGUGCUGGUAUGUUCCUUGAGUCUACACAUUUUGACUGUAUUAUUAAGUACCUUCACCAACUGAAAGUUUCCAGUCAGGAACUAAAUACUGUUUUGAAUAUAAAAUCGAGAUUUCAGGAAAAACAUUUUGAAAAGAACUGGGUUUUUGACUUCAACUUGGCAGUGGCUGAAAUUCAGCAUUGCAAAGAAAAAAAAGAUUGGGCCAAGCUGGGAGCUUUGUUUGUUAAUGCAAGAACUGGCUGUGAACAUUUUGAUGAUCUUCAGAAAUUGUCUCUAUGUAUUGCUGAAAUACUAACCAAAGACUCUGAGACAAACAGACCAGAAGUUCCUUUUUGUGAUUUUGCUGAUGCAGUAGCAAAAAAUUCACAACAUAACGAAGCAGACAGAAUUUUCAUUGGAAGGAUUGGGAUAAGUGUAAUGUAUUCUUAUCACAAAGUACUGCAGUGGAUAAAGGGAAGGAAGGUUUUGGAUAAGUUGCAUGAGCUACAGAUACAUUUUACAGUCUUGAAAGGCCUCAUAGGUGCAGAGAAGUUAGCAUCAAGAUGCCAAAUUGUUAAUAAAGCUGCAGAAAUUUUUCUUAAAACAGGAAGUAUGGAUGGAGCAACAUGGGUAUUGAGAGAGUCAGAGUGGACCACAAAUACACCGUUGUGGCCCUGUGAUAAAAUGGACAUCCUCAGUCGACAUAAUCUGUUAUGUACACUAGUGCACAAAUACUUGAGGAAGAGUUUAUACAGGCAGGCAUUGGAAGUUCUGCAGAACUUACCAGGUUUUCGAAAUCAUUCUGAUACUGUAGAUGUUUCUCAGUACAGCAGCCUUUUUAACAAGCUGAUAAAUGCCUGUUUUGAGAGCAAGAACCUUGGGGUCUCAUCUUCUGCAGUAGACUUCAUGCUUUCAAAAAACAUAGCUAUUGAUUUUUUUUUACUUAGAGAAUUAAUCACAGCUUUGGGAAGAAGUUCUUUGUGGUCUAAAGCUAGGACCUAUUACAAAAGUGCUUUAUCAUUGGGUUGCUACCCACCACCACUGCAGGGAAAUUUGUAUCACAAACUCCUGAUGAUUCCAUCUUACCUAUCAGAGGUUGAGAUGCUGUUGGCCAUUGAAAUAUUUCUUGUUUCGAAUGCCAGUGAUAUUCAAAGUCCAAUGGCUACUAGUCAGACUCUUCAAAUAAUACUGAAAAGAUGUGCAGAUCAGACAGUUCAGAAUAGCAGUGACUACCAGGCAGCAGUGGAGAGACUGAUCCUGGCUGCUCGUGUAUCUGAUCCAAAGCUUUUUCUUAAGCAUAUGACAAUGAAUGUUAAUAUGGAAGAAGUUUACAGCUUGGAGCUUACAUCUGCUCUAAAGUGGCUUCAGGAGAACAUGAAAUGGGCUGGGAAGGUCUGGCUGUUUCAGUAG